UUUCGGAGAUCCUCGCGACCACUUGGGACCAUGCUUGCGUCGUCGCGGCAGCACCUGCGAGAGCGGCAGUCCGCGCGCAAGCGCGGACGCGGACGAAACAAAUGUGUCCCACGAAGCCGCAAGUAUCGGAACAGCAAAUACCUCGGCCAGCAUGGCCCGCCCUUCGCAUGGAUUGUCGUUGGAUUCGGACCACGUGCGAGCCCGAAUUUGCGUUUUCAACAUAGGAGCGCGCCAAACGCCAUCGUGGGUAACCAGCUAUGCAUGGAGCGCUCUUUCCAAACUUCUGCCAUAACGCAUCUCCGCGCGCAUAUCCGCGCAGAAAUUUGAGAGGAAGUGGAUAAGUCAACCCGCAGCUGCAUGCCGUAAGGCCCAUCACCCUGCCAGCGCAGCAGCUUGCGGCGACACUUCGAGCAUCGUGGAGAAGGCCGUAACACUUGUGAUUCCGCUCGCCUCAUGUUAUGAUCGGGCUCUUAUAAGGCAUGGGUUGGACGCAGCGCCUUGGCCAGAAGCGUGGUGGGGGGGGAAUCGCCUCCCGGAGCCUGGGGGAAUCAGGUCCCGAAGCGGUAGGCUCAGAUGAGGAAGAGGUGCCCAUACCUCUACCCUUGCUUCGGUUUCCCCUUUUUGGACCUCCUGGGCGGCCCUCGUCGCCACCGGUGGAUUCGCCUCGAACUUCUGGUCAGAACACACCCCAGGAGAGGCCCCGGGAGUUGCGGUAUCGGUACCUUUUGGUUUCCCCAUAGAUGUGUCUGUGUGUAAACACUGACCUCGGGAGAGGGCGAAUCUUCGUCACGGGCACCUUCGUCGCCGUCCAGGCGUCCACUCUGGCUGGCCACCUGACGAACAUGGUCAUUGAGAUGUCUGGCCUUCCAGGGCUCCUGUGUCAAGCGACUUCCCAGGGGCCGGGUAUGUUUGAGUAUGAGUUUCUCUUACUACCGGACGACCCCAGCCAAGCGAACACUCUAGUGAGUGUUUUCUUUCAGACGUGGACUCCGGGAGAGCUGUUGAGCAAGCUCACCUCGAAGAAGGAUGCAGACUCUUCGUUGGGAGGAGUUGCUCUGACCCAAGCCAAGUUGGAUAGCAUCCAGCAGGCCUUCCAGCUCUCCGUUACCCCAGAGCCUACAAUCACGUCUCUGACAACCACAAGAUCAAAAGUGGCAGCGACGACAACGACGGUGACGGUUUUUAACGGAUCGUCGACAUUCACGACGACAUCGACGUUGACGUCAGUUUCCGACACGGCCACGACGACGAUCCAUACCACGACGUCUUCCCACGCCACGACCACGGUGUCUUCCACGACGUCGGCCACUGCGACAGCCACAUCCACAGCGAGCACAGCCAGCGAGACGCACACUGACAUCAACACCCGGGCGGUCACUCACGAAACCAUUGCACAGGGAGUGAACGUUGCCAGCAACGCGGCGGUGGACACGGCGAGCGAGGGAAGCGGUGAUGUCGAGAUCGUCUUGAUCUACGUGCUGACUGGUGCCAGCCUUGCCGUCCUGAUUUCCGCAUGUGCUGGAGCGGCAUUUUUCUCGUGCAGGAGCGUGGAAUCGGAGAAGCACCUCGAUCUGCCUCGGACCCUUCAUGUGUUCAGGACCCCGAUUCAGCGCGUCCAGUCCAUGGUGUCCGUGCGUUCGUUUGAGAGCCCUAGAGUGGGAGGGCGCUCUUUUCCAACAGGGACAUACUCCGUCGACAGCUUCUUCUGCAGGCAGCUGCCCGGGGCGGCGUCCGCCCUGAAGCAGCUUGCCAAGGCGGCAGAGGCGGGGCACGAGCUCGGCGGUCCGCGUGCCCCGAGCAGGUUCUCGCUUCAGGGCAGUGCCCGGUCCACGUCGCCAGCGCCUGCCCCACCGCGUAUACCUCCAGGAGCCUCCAGCAUCACGAGUGUGCCAGGGGCCGUGGGGGAACCAUGAGAGGUUCUCGGCAUUCUCUGCAAGCAUCUGCCCGUUCUCAGCGGAAGGCCCUGGGAAAGAUCAUUAUUCCAUCUGGUCUGCAGACGCGAUUCGUCUUCGGAGCCUCGGAUACGCACGCGCCCGACAAAGCGCUGCGUUUCGCAGGUGGAAUGUUUGUAUUCCAGCAUGCUUUGCACGACUACGUGGUCCAAUCAGCGGGCUUCGGUAGGUUUUUUUUUGCACCGGAAUUUCACAUCCGUUCGCGAUGUAGUGCAUUCUGUGCGUUACAUGUUCUUUGUGCAAUUAACGACCACCCUUGGUUCAUUCUGUGAACCGCACGCGGCUCAAAUGCUGAAGUGCUGAUGGCUCACAGCUCACAACAGCAUGGGGAUGGGCUCGGCGAUGUCUACGGGGAGGCUAAGGCCACCAGAUCGCCCGCGUUUGAAAAGCCAGGCGUGUUCUGCGGACCUUUGGAUCUGGAGAUUUCACCUUCUUGGGGACGACGCUUCGCGGUCGGGGGCCACGAGGUGAGAGGGA